AUGUCUCAAUCCACCGUUGAGCAGCAAAAGAGAGCGGCGGCGGCGUCUGCCGCUGCGCAGCAAUCCGAUAAUAUUGCGCAUGCUCUAGCUGGUGCCGGAGGGGGUAUUCUUUCAAUGGUCUUGACCUAUCCCCUGAUCACAUUGUCAACAAGGGCACAGGUUGAGUCCAAACGCGCGCAAUCUUCAACGCUCGACGCUGUUCGUCGUAUCAUCCAGCGAGAGGGAAUCGGCGGACUCUACUCAGGUCUGGAGUCGGCCUUAUUUGGAAUUAGUGUUACGAACUUCGUAUAUUACUACUGGUAUGAAUGGACUCGAGCAGCUUUCGAAAAGGCUGCUGAGAAGGCCGGGCGUGCUUCCAAGAAGCUCACCACUGCUGAAUCAAUGAUUGCGGGUGCUAUUGCGGGCAGUGCAACGGUGCUGAUCACCAAUCCCAUUUGGGUCGUCAACACCCGGAUGACAGCUCGCAACUCCGAAUCGGAGGAGCAGAGUCUCCCGGGGACCCCACGGAAGAAGCCACGGUCCACAAUCCAGACGCUCUUAGACUUGCUUCGGAACGAGGGCCCAACGGCCCUAUUCGCAGGAGUUCUUCCAGCGCUCGUCCUGGUGAUCAAUCCCAUCCUACAGUAUACGAUCUUUGAGCAACUGAAGAACAUUGUGGAGCGCCGUCGGCGAAUAACUCCCACGGAUGCGUUCUAUCUCGGUGCGAUCGGCAAGAUUCUGGCUACUACGAUCACGUACCCGUAUAUCACUGUGAAGAGCCGCAUGCAUGUUGCUAGCAAGGAUGGUCCCAAGGAGAGCCUCAAUGGCAGCUUAAAGAAGAUCAUCAAGGAGGAGGGCUUCACAGGCUUGUACAAAGGUAUUCCGUUCUUUCCAGGUUGA